AUGGUGACGAGCGCCGGCGGCAACGAUGGCGGCGGCUACAACAGGCCACUAUCCAUAGCGAACAUCACGGAUACUGCGUAUUCUGUGGUACCAACAGGGACAUACUUGAAGGGGUGCUUGGCGCUAUCGGUCGCUCUGUAUGUUCUGAAUCAGAAACAUUUUCUUCCAAGACCCUUGGCUUCCAUUGUCAGCAAAGUCUUCUUUUGGCCGACCUUGCCACUGACAGCUGGAAAGCUCUAUGGAAAAUGGAGCACUGCCAUUGACAAUACCGUGGUUCUUGGAGCAGCGCCAUUUGGUUUCGCCAAUGUGCCCGAGCGACUUUACAAUGAAUAUGGGGUUCGAGGAGUGAUCAAUCUUUGCGAAGAGUAUUCUGGGCCUGACCAGCACUACCAACGAUUGGGAAUGAAACACUUGCGACUUCCCACAGUGGACCAUUUCGAGCCCACCGUGGAAGAUAUGGAAAAAGCGGUGAGUUUCAUACAAAAACAUAAGGAAAGGGGUGAAAAGGUAUACGUGCAUUGCCGGGCUGGACAUGGUCGCAGUGCUGCCAUUGUCUUUGCAUGGCUCAUUUCCCAAGAUCCAUCGGCGGAUCUGGAAGAGUUGAACAAGCAGUUUUAUGCUAAGCGGCAUGUUCGGAAAAAACUCUGGAAACAAACCAAUAUUAGGGAGUUUCAUCGGAGACUGAGAACACGAGGAAUUAUUCACGGAAGAAGGAUUCUGAAGGGUGUGUCGGAUGACGAAAUUUCGGACGAGGAAGGCGAUGGAAACAAGGAACUGUAG